AUGAUAUAUACCAGACCUGGUGACCGUGCUGCUCAAUCAUUCGGAUAUUUACUUACAGAAAUACAAUCUUUAAAAAAAUUGGAGUUAGAAUGUUCACACGGAAUUGACGUGAUAACUUACAUGCCUUCAAAUAUUGUUAAUGAUACUAUCAUAAAUUUAACAAUUUGGCUUUUCGAUAUUAAACGCUUGAUACCAUUACUUUAUCGAUUUCAAAAAUUAAGCAUGUUAACCAUAUACAUGCCUGAAGACUUAAUAAGGCCCAUGAAACGAGCAGCGCCACCACAGGAUGUCGAGUAUUAUCGAAGUCGAAUAGGAGAGAAAACAUCAAUGGCAUAUCCAGUUAGACUUCAUCACAUCAAAGUGUAUCAUUAUCCAUUGGUGCUAUUGGAAAAAUUUGAAAAACUUAUCCAAAUUACCACAUCCAAAACUUUAUUGACUCUGAGUCUAUUCACAUGUGCGCGACUGCCAGUGAAAACUCCAAUACCAAGGAGACAACCCCCAUUUCUUGAUAGUACACAAUGGCAUGAUAUAUUGAGAAAAUAUUUACCAUCAACAAUGAAAAGAUUCUACAUCGAAUACGAAGAUGUUGAUGAUACAAUGUCACGUACGAAUUCCACGCGAGUUAAGAAAGAAUUUAAACAACAUGGUGGAUCAAAUUUAUCAUGGGAAAUUUCAUUUACAUACAAUGAAAAUACAAAAUAUAUGUCCUUCGACUUAGCAAUUUCUUAG